AUGUUCAAACGGUCUCAUCCCAUCGACACGCGCGACAGUAUCGAGGGGGACUCGCCUGCGUCGCGCCAGCAAUCACCUUUAACCAUCAAUACCUCUGCCCCUGCAUCCCCGGCCCUGUCGCUCUUUUCUGCGACAGGCCAUAACCGAGUGUCGAGCUCGGUCUCGUCGCUGGUUUCGUCUUCAGGCCUAGGGAAUUCCAUGGACAGCCCCAGUCGCAACCACUUGACGGGCGUCAAGGAAGAGCCCUUGGGCCGCGACUCGCUGGAAGAUCAAUAUUUCCAGCACUUUGACCACGGCGUCCCCGCCGAUGAGCCAUAUUUCUCCGACACCCCAGAUAACUAUGAUCUCAGCGAUACCGGUGUGGAAUUUCCUCAUUCACAGAAAAAGAGACGCUCCGACAGCGUGUCCAUGAAGGGCGUGUCGCGCAUUAGUUCCCACAUCUCCACUAUGUCGACCCGAUGGAAGCCCAAGCGGUCCUCGGGUCUCACCGAAGACGGAUACCCAGAGGAUUUGCGAUCACGCGCCAAUUCCGCCGCAUCUUCUGCGCUGGCCAGCCCGGUGGUGAGCCCGGAGUGCGCCAGCGAAUCCAGCGCGCGGCCCAUCGACAUCACCAGAGCCAACAGCCUGAGUCAAGAUGACAAUGAUUUGCCGCAAGCGACGACCCCUCUGCUGCCGCCGUUCAUGGGCGAUGAUCCGACGAGCGCGGUCGCGUCGCGAGUGCAAUCGCCACUGCAGUCUCCGUCUGUGGCGGAUGUCACCGACGUGGCUCAGGACCCGAUCCCGUCCGAUCACCGGUUUGUGGGCAUCCCCUCACCGCCGCUGUCCUCCAAACCGUCCGUGGCCUCGUUUGGUCGUACCCGUGCAAACACCGUUCGCACCGUGUCGAGCGAAGCCCCUCCCUUCAUCUUGUCGGAUCCAAACGACGAGUGGGCGAAUAAGCUGGGACAUGCCAACUUUACCAUCCAGCCCGAGCCGUACGUGCCGGCGAUGUGUGAUAUCGAGUGUCUUCAGCAGUUGCGCGCCAACUGGGAUCUGGCGCGGUGCAAUUUCGCCAAGCACCUUGUGCGCACCGGGGAACACUACGGGGUUACGUCGAACAUCUACAAACUCACCGGGGAGAAGUGGGAGACCAUCAACCGGGAGUGGCGAUACCAGCACGACGCGAUGCUGAGCCAACUCGGCAUGGCCCUCACUCUCACCCAAUCGGAUAUCCACCCCUGCGAGCAAGUCCGGGUUCCACGUCUCCACGACAAUGACAAGUUCCCCGAGAUGGGAGAUGAGGAUAUUGUCGGUCCGAUGACGGUUGCCCCGGCCACUGUGAUCGCCGGCCCAUGUCGGACCAAGUCUGUGAAGAAGCGGAACUUCCUACGCUUCUUCCAAGACCUGGUCGGCAGACCUUGA